UAAAAGUCCGUAAUACGCUGUAGCGAUACAGUUAUAUAUUUACACUUUAUCGUCUUAGUGUUUUACAUUAGUGAUUAUAUGCUUGUACUCAAGUUAAACUUUCGAUAAAUGCCGACGUGUCGAUUCUCCACCCGUGUGCCUGUCUGUCAAACACAUAUACGAUGAAAAACACUAAUGUGGCUAACUGUGUCAAUACAUUCAACCAUUACCUUGCCAACACUACAAUAUGUAUUAUGUAUUUAUAUAAAUAACGUUUUACAUAUCGAACUAUCCUUAAACGGUUACCUUACGGCUUACGUGGUAAGAUUUGUCCCAAGGACGGAAAGCUUUCUAACUUAACAGAACCGAAAAGUUACUAUUUUGAUGAGAAGUGUCCCAGAGAGAGAAUGGAAAAUCAUUUGAGCGAGAGACUCAUUGCAGGUUGUCUGCCAGUGCCAUUGUUUAAUCAAAAGAAAAGAAAUAGAUUACCUCUGACAUCAAACCCUGCCAAAAAUGAAUUAGUUUUUGGUAGUGAAUUUCCAUAUAGUCGGAGCCUUGCUUUACCAUCUUUGUCAUCAGAUUUAGGAAAUGCUGGAUAUUCAGGAGUUCACAUACCAGGCUCAACCAUACCCGCUGUACAGAAGAGUCAUUGGAUCAGACAAGAAUUUCCAAAGAAGAGACCCCCUGAAAUCCCUCCAGUAAGAGGUCUGGCACCAAUUCCACAUCCAGGUUGGCCUGUAGGUAUGGGGUCACAAGGCGGAAAACAGAUCUUGGCUCCAUGGCAGGACUGCAGUGGACCAUCAAGCACUAAACUUACUAGUUUUCCCAACAGUGGAUCAAUUGAGAGCAGAUGGAAGUUUUCACACUCGUGUUUGCAGACAGAUCAGCAGUCGAACAAACUCUUAAAUCUUCCAGUGAGCCCUUGUUCACAAAUCCCAGGAACACACACAGCUACACUUAGCAGUCAGCAACAGAACUCGGAAUGGAGGCCGACAUCCACCCUUCAGUCCAGCCAAGUUAAAGGGGAACACACAAAUAUACUCCCCAAUAAGAUCACUCCCUGGCCUCAGAAGCCAGCACAGUCUCAGAUGAAACCAGCGACGGACAAUUCCCUGCGGAUUCUGACAGCGGUCAUUGAGGGAAUGAAACACUGGAGCCAAUUCAAAGAUCGAGCACCCUUCUUAUUCGAGGUCUUUGGCACUCUCGACUCAGCUGUCACAAUUGGUAAUCAUGGUGCAAAAACCUUCCUCCUGAGAGAUGGACAGUAUGCCGUGCAGUGUGUUUUUUAUGAAACCGACCAGGAUCUUCCACGACUCAUCAGAGGCCAGGUCCACCGCUGCAUGGGGAAUUAUGAUAGAGGGAGGGAGCUGCUCACAUGCAUGUGCGUCAGGCAUGCCUCAUCCUCAGAGCAGAGGAACGCUCAGGAGGCCGUCAAGGCGUCAGACGCACAGAUGAGGAGGCUGCUCAGGUCGUUCAGUGAAGUCUGACUGAAAGGACAAAACGUGGCCUUGCUGGCAGUGAAAUACGAGCUAAUGUGAUUCAGGUUUGAUUUCACUAACCACUGUGAACCUACUGGUGGUGCAUCGCGAAGGUCUAAAUGAACUGUAUCGUUAAAAAUAUUUAUUGUACUCAAUUUAUCUCUGGUGUUUUAUCCAAAUUUUUUCCUUCAUUGGUUUGUGGAAAGAAAUGAUUUAAGGUUAUUUGUGGGUUGUUUUUUGUAGGGUAGCUGUACCUUAAAUUCUUUAACUAAAUUAGUAAAUGAUUAAAGUUAGUUUGUGUUUAUUGUAAGAAUUAUUUUAUGAAUGAUAUAAUACGACCAAAAAUAUAUUCACUUUCAUGUGUUAUUGUGAAAAUAAUCACAUGCUGAUUUCAACACAAUGCAUUCUGUGUUUAUGAAACAUUUUAUUACAAACAAAUCCACAAUACAGCUAACACUGAGUCUAUUUUAAGGUAAAACACCAAAAUUGAUGAGGUAAUAUUUCAAAAUAUAUUUUUGAAAGGAUGCUUUAUAAUCAGAAGUGAGCUUGCACAAUUAGUUUAUUUACAACCAAAAGUUACGUUCAAACUUGACUUCUAACCUAAAAAACAGUUUCACCAGUGUUAUGACUCACUAUGUUCAACAUAUUUUCAAAAAUCCUUUGUAACAAUCCCAAAUGUUAUCGAUACCAAAGCAAUCUCAAAGCACCGCCUCCGCAAAUAAAGCGCGUUCUUGUUUUUCAA